AAAAGAGGGCUUUACAUUAUGCCCUUAUAAAUCCUUGAAAUUAUGAAUUAUCUAUCAAUAAGGUUAAGAAAACUGAGGACCAGCUGUGGCCUUCAGUGAACAAAGAGCGAGAGGUAAUUCAUACUGCCACUCAUGUAGAAAUACAUCCUAAUUAUUUGGAGACCAAAAGGUCAAAAGACACUGAGUAGGAAGCAUGCUCAUAGAGAAGGAAGGCCAUCGGCCUUUUGUAAUGUCAUCUGUCCAGUUGGAAACAUGACAAGUACAUUGCAGUUUUAAGAACACAGUUCUGCUGUGUGACCUAGCAGCUUUAUUUAAAGUAGAAGACCCAGUUUGUUUAUCUGAUGUAUGACCAAGAUAUUGCUUGUCUCUUAAUAUUACUAUGAAUAUGAAAUUGAAUAAUACUUUUGUACUUAGCAUAGUACCUGUCUCACAGAAAUUUCUCUUAGUGAUAAUUAUUAAGGAAGCUGAUAGCAGAUACUGAGAAAAAUCAGCUACUGUGGUACAGUAGUUCAAACACAGUUUAGUUGCUUGUGCUAGUAUGUUUGCAAGUUAUGCGGUGAUAAUUAGUAUGAGGUGAUAAAUAAGAAUGAGGAGCUGUAGGAUUCCAGUGUCCUCUGAUUCUCCCUAAGAAAAUUACAUUAAUCUAUAGUUUUAGUAUGGUAAAUAACAAUGAUAUGUUAAAUAAAUACCAACCAUUUGCCAGAGAUUUCUGACAUUACUUUAUAUUUUGCUUUAAGGUUUGCACAUUUGCCUCAUUCAGAUCUUCAAGUUAUAUGAGACAAUAGGGAAUAUAAGAAUCUAAUAAGUGGUCAAGAUAAGAAUGGGACCUAAGCCGCCUCUUUCCGGUCUCACUUUCCUUAUUCUCUUUCCUCUGUGUGUCUGUGAUAAACAGGUUUUCUUUUUCUCGUACUAAUUAGUAAAAACACAUGCUGAAAUAUAUUUUUGCAUUGCCACGUACUUGGGUACUAAUUCUUUGCUUUAUAGGUAUGUCUGUUUUAAAUAAAACAAAAUGGAAAGGUGGGACACUGCAAAUUCAGCUAGCAAAGGAAAGUUUUUUGCACAGGUAAGGUUUGCUGUAUUUGAUUUAAUCCAAACAUUAACACACUAAUUUCUUAAUAUUGUAAGUGAUUUUAUAUGUUCACUUAAUUGAUUUGAAACUAUCAUAUAUUAUUGCAGUUUUAGCAAAUUUAUGCAGUAUAGGUAGAGCUAAAAUCCUUCUUAACUGAGAUUCCCUAUGACCCCAGACCCCACCAAAGAAGAUAAUGUAAUGUUCUUAUAUAUGGAUAUUUUAACCUAUAAAAAUAUGUACUUCUUUGCAGCUUUUUAGACACAACCUUUUAUGAUGAUGUAGGUCUUCCCCCUUCUUUGUAAUACCUAUUUAGUACUAUUUUAGAAAAUGUCCCACAGUCUAGUUAAUCAUCCCCCACUCAUGGACCUUUAGACCAUUUCCACUUCCUCUUGAUAACAGAUGACCCUUGAAGAUAUCUUCUAUAUAUGUACAGGGGUCCCUCUGGUGUGUAUGUCAACAAAAGGAGUUGCUAUCUCAUGGAGUUAAGCACACUUAAAAUUUUAAUAGAUGGUACCAAAUUGCUUAUAUUAACUUUAAACUGUUAAUGAAAGUGUCAUACAAAAACAUAAAGAUAAUAGGGAUCCCUGUAAGAGAUGCAUAAGAUUAAUUAUGCUUAAGAUUUAAGAACAAGGCAAUGUAAAAACUAUUAAAGCAUUUUAAGAUUCUAAAAGUAUCCUUAGGGAGAAACGAUUGUAUGAGUUUGGGUGCUUUCAAAAUAGGAGACAUUUUCAGAAUGUACAAGUAAAGUGACCAAGAGAGUUUUAAGAUUUUUCUCAGGCAAAGAAAUGCCACAAGGAAAAAUAAGGUCUAAAUCAAAUUUUGUGGAACUAGCCUGGAGACGAAGGUGAGGAUUUUGUUCUUCAGCUGUCGGCCUCUGUGAACAGGGGAGCAAUGCGGCUUUGAUUCAGCAGUACGUUGGUGCCUAUUAUAGGCAAGAACUGGGGCUCUCAUCCUGAGCAGGGUGAGCAUGCAGUGCUGCUGCCUUUGAGUGCCUGUGCACAUCUGCCUGUGGAGCAUGAAUCUUGGAAUUUGAAACGUAAAAGAGCCACACCAGAGGCAAAGAGGCCAAUGAGAAUCGAUUGGCCCAAGAGAGAGAAGAAGCAAAAGCAAAGAAAGGAAAAUCAACAACAGGCAACACCAGCUUGUUAGAAAAGAUGAAAACGGUGGAUUUCCAUGUGAAAGCUGUGCCAGGAACAGAAGUACCAGGACACAAAAAUUGGGUUGUGAGUAAAUUUGGAAGAGUCUUACCUGUCCUUCAUCUGAAGAAUGAACGUAAAUGUAAAAUCAUGAAGUAUGAUCCCUCAAAAUACUGCCACAACUUAAAGAAGAUAGGGGAGGAUUUCACAAAUGCUGUCCCUAUAUCCAGCCUCACCUGGGAACUGGAAGGAGGGAAUGAUCCCAUGAGUAAGAAACGGCGAGGAGAAUUCUCUGACUUUCACAGCCCUGCCAAGAAGAUAAUAAAAGUGCAGAAGAAUGAGGGUUCUACUGCAUUUCUAACCAUGAGAUCAAAACCUAGUAGCGUAAUGGAGAGUCCGCAUUUAAUACAACAAGUUGCACAAAAAACACCUCAUAAUUCCAUUACUCCUAAAUCACCCAAUAUAACUGAUUUUGAUCAUCAGAAAUUUAAAAAUAUUUUUUUUCAGACUUCUGGUUUAGAAACUACCAAAAACAGAAAUAGCAUAUCUGAUGAUGAUAUUGAUUCUGAAGAUGAAUUGAGACUAAUGAUUGCAAGAGAGGAAAACUUAGAGAAAACUACAUGGUCCUCAAAUGAAUUUGAAAAUGAUCCCUUUGAAGUUGUAAGGGAUGAUUUUAAAUCUGAUUUUCACAAAUUUCAUACUUCAAUAGGUUUAGGCCUCAAAAACAGUGUCUCUUGCCUCAACAGUGAAAAUAAUGUUAUGGAAAAUGGUUGUGACUCUGAUUCAGGAGAUACAGAUGAAAUCGUUGCAAUGAAAAAAAGCUCUGGUAAGAUCGAAAACGGUGUAGAUUUUUCACAAAGAGAAAAGUCUGUGGACAAGAAGACUUACUUGAAAAACAGAAAAAAGUAUGAUCUUUCUGAUGGCUGUGUUAAAGAACAAAAAAGAAAAAACAAAGUAGAGAUAGCCCUCAGUCACAGAGUUAAGCCUCUUAGUUGUAAAUCUCUGAUUGAGUCCAGUAGCAGUGAAGAUGCUGGUUCUGUAUCAGAAUCAACUGAGUGUGAAGGAGAUAAGGAGUAUAACACCUUGAUGGGAAACUGUCUCCGUGUGAAUCUGACUUUGGCUGAUUUGGAACAGUUGGCUGGCAGUAACCAGGAGGCUCCAAAAGAAAAGACUGAGAGCAAUGGCCAGGAAACCACUGCCAAGCAUGACAGGGCCUCCAAGAGCCAAAGGACUCCAGGUGACCUCCGCAGAGGCCAGCAGUGUAUUCACCCUGAGGAGAUUGUGGCUUCUCUUUUAGAAGGAGGAGAGAACCCACGUGGAAAACAGAAACCAAAGGAAAAUACCUUAAAGCCAAAAUUUCAGGCUUUCAAAGGAGUGGGCUGUCUCUAUGGAAAGGAAUCAGUGAAAAAAUCCUUGCAAGAGAGUGUUGCCUCUAAUAAUAUUAAUAAAGAUCAAAUUUCCUUGAAACUUGAGGAACCGAGGAACAUGUCCAUGGGAAAAUGGUCCCUGUGUGCUAAUGGCCUAUCAAAUGAACAGACUCCUUUCCAACAUGGAAAGGAGGCAAAUGAUGCAAACCAAAUUCAGCCUCAAAAGAGACAGUCUUUUGCGAACCAGAGUCACAAAGUGGUGUCCCCUAACAGUUCAGAAAAGAGAAAUAGAAAUCCUAUUUCUAGUCUGUUGCCACUGAAAGAUAAGAAAUCCCUAAGUUGUGGUGCUAAGACUCCCAGCAGAGGCCUUGAUGAAGACUGUUGCCACAGGACUGGGCAGUCAGGAGAAGGCUCUGAAAGAAGGCCUGAUCUGUGCAGCUCCCAGGCCCCUGAGAAACCACCAGAGGUUUUCUCAAGGAGAGACUCCCAGGGAAGCAAACCUGACUUCCCACUUCCUGUUAAUAGUUCAUCAGAUGUUAAUGCUAAGGAUAAACAUGCUGAAGAUAAUCAGAAACGUUUGGCAGCCUUAGAGGCAAGGCAGAAAGCCAGAGAAGUCCAAAAGAAGCUGGUUCACAAUGCUCUGGCAAAUUUGGAUGGUCAUCCAGAGGACAAGCCAACGCACAUCAUCUUUGGUUCCAAUAGUGAAAGUGAAACAGAGGAGAUAUCCACUCGGGAGCAAAGCCAUCCAGGAGAGGAACUGGUAAAAGAGUCCAUGGGUAGAGCCUCUGGGAAGCUCUUUGACAGCAGCGAUGAUGAGGAAUCUUGUUCUGAAGAUGACAAUAACAGGUUCAGAAUUAAACCUCAGUUUGAGGGCAGAGCUGGACAGAAGCUCAUGAAUUUGCAGUCUCACUUUGGCACUGAUGACAGAUUUCGCAUGGAUUCCCGAUUUCUAGAAAGUGAUAGUGAAGACGAACAUGAAGAAAUAAAUGAAAAAAAAACUGCUGAGGAGGAAGAGCUUGCUGCAGAAAAAUUGAAAGCCCUGAAUGUUGUGCAGAGUGUUUUGCAGAUCAGCUUAAGCAAUUCUACAAGCAAAGGAUCAGUAGCUGCUAAGAAAUUUAAGGACAUCAUACAUUAUGAUCCAACAAGGCAUGACCAUGCCACUUACGAAAGAAAGCAGGAUGAUAAACCAAAAGAAAGUAAAGCAAAACGAAAGAAGAAAAGGGAGGAAGCUGAGAAACUCCCUGAGGUGUCUAAAGAAAUGUAUUAUAACAUUGCUACGGAUUUAAAACAAAUAUUCCAAACUGUAAAAGAUACUAGUGAAAAGGAAGAUAACACACCUUGGAAUGAGGACUCUGAUGGAGAGAAAGCUGAGGUAGUCCAGGACACUCCAGCUCUGAUGACUCGGGAUGAACAAACCGGCGGGUUCACAUUUUCCUUUUUUGAGUCUGACGCCAAAGAUGAAAAGGAAGAGACCUAUAGAGUUGAAGCAGUAAAACCUGGGAAGAUAGCCUGGCAGGGAGACCCUCGUUUCCAAGACAGCAGUUCAGAAGAGGAAGAUGUUACUGAAGAAACAGAUGACAAAAAGCAGAGCCCUGAAGAAGUAUCAUUACCUGAGAAAGAGACUACUCGAUUUUUCUUUUUCUCUAAGAAUGAUGAGAGACUUCAUGGUUCUGACUUAUUUUGGAGAGGAGUGGGAAGUAAUAUUAGCAGGAAUUCUUGGGAGAUCAGAACAAACAAUUUGCGUAUGGACUGUCGGAAGAAACAUAAAGAUGCCAAAAGGAGAGUGAAGCCAAAAUAAUAAAUGUCAUCAUUAGUUUUGAUACUGAAUGUAAAGAAGUCUCACCAUGGAAAUUGGAGUGAUCUAGAAAAUGAUUUUAGCUGGCAAAGAAUUCAGACUGAAGGAGUAUUCUAAAUCUUACCUGGUGGAUAUCAUUCUGAUUGCUUUCUUUUUCUGUAGAUUUCCAAUUUGUUCUUACCUAAUUACUUCAAACAACCUGAACAUUUGUUUUAAUGAAGCAUACGAUAGUCCCUCAAAAUACUUUGUAUAUAUUUGCCCUCAUCUUCAAUAACUAAUGGACAUUUCUUGACAUGAGGUUUUAAAAUAUAUGCAUCAGAGCACUUAUAUUUUCCAAGUUAUGUUUCAUGUAAAUUAUACUUGAAAUAUUUCUGAUUGUAUUAAAUACACCUUACCUCCAUUUUGUGGUUUUUGUCUAAGAGGUUGAAUACAAGUCAACCUUCAGUUCUGUAUUUGUGUCCUGAUGAAUAAGCUAACUGAAAUGCAGAACAUUUCAGACCAACUUUAUGGGAGAGUUCUGUGAGGACCAGAAAAGAACGCUAAAUGCAGAGUUUUCCUUUCCUUAGCCUCCAGGAAUUCAUGGAGGCAGACCCGUCAGUCCCAAAUUCUAGUUAGAUUAGAAGCUUUUGAAAAAUCGAGGUGCCUGAAAGAUAACAUAGUAACAGUUAGCAGUCAGUGCCCUGGGUCCAGAUAAGGAAACAGAUUUAAUACCUCAUUAAAUUAACAUGGCUAGGAUUCAAGACAGAUAAGCCUCUUAUCAAACUGGACUCUGUACAAAAUUAUGCUUUAUAUAAUAAAGUCCCAGGGGAUUAUCAUUGAA